UAUACUAUGGAAGAGGGAAUUUUGUCGUGUGCUACGGUUGUUACUUUGUUGUCAAAUGUUGUAUGUCAACAGUAAUGUGAUUGGGUGGUCUCGCGUUUGGUUAUUUCUUGUAGGUUAUUGCGUGUGAUAACGUUGGUUUAUUCCCGUUAUUAUAUCAUAACGGGACUGUGUUGUGGCGAAGUGUUUGUCGCUUUGGUGUUAAACGAAAUACUACGAGAGAACGUUAUUUCUUUGAUAUGAAUUGGGUUUUCAUGCUGUAUCUGCUAUUUACCGCCCUUCAUGUUGUUUCACUAGAUACAAAUGGCUACUGUUCGUCUGACAGAUUUGACGACGAUGACAAAUGCACGAAAUUACCAUCCUCCAAGGUUAAAGAUAACAGUGAAAGUUUCAGUCACUAUAAGACACUGAUAAGUGAUGCAAUAAAGAACUAUGUUCCUUGUAAACAGGAAAACUGCAGUUGCUACUUAACAGUCAUUGAUGGUGAUUUGAAGAGUUUUGCUGGAGGUAUUUCAAAGCAGAUGAUCGAUUCUAUUGCAGAUCGGGGCACAAGGUACCAAGUGAUAAACCAUCAUUUGUAUCGUGAGGAAACGUGCAUGUUUCCAGCUCGCUGUGCAGGUGUGGAACAUUUUCUUCUGGAGCUACUUCCAAAAAUCCCAGAUGUUGAAUUUGUUCUGAACACCCGAGAUUGGCCACAAAUAAGCAAGAAUUUUGGUGUGCCGAAGCCAGUGUUUUCUUUUAGCAAGACCAGCCAGUAUUAUGACAUAAUGUAUCCUGCAUGGGCGUUUUGGGAAGGUGGACCAGCAAUACACUUGUAUCCAAGAGGCCUAGGAAGAUGGGAUCUUCAUCGGGAAUCUUUGGUGAAAGCUGCUGCUAAAUGGCCUUGGGAAAAGAAGAAACCAAUUGGCUUCUUUCGUGGUUCACGAACUAGCCACGAAAGAGAUGAGUUAAUUAUGUUAUCACGUGAACGUCCUGAUUUAGUAGAUGCACAGUACACAAAAAAUCAAGCUUGGAAGUCAGAAGCUGACACCCUGUACGCAGAGCCAGCUGAAGAAGUAUCACUAGAAAGACAUUGUGAAUACAAGUAUCUAUUUAAUUUCCGGGGAGUUGCAGCCAGUUUUCGAUUGAAACAUCUCUUCUUAUGUAAGAGUUUAGUGUUUCAUGUUGGUGACAACUGGAUUGAGUUCUUUUACCCAGCUCUGAAGCCAUGGGUACAUUAUAUACCAGUUAGUAGUACAGCGUCAAGAGAAGAUAUCAGAAAUCUUCUGGAAUUUGCAGAGAGUGAGCCAAAUUUAAUGAAAAAUAUAGCGGAGAGGGGUCACCAGUUCAUAGUGAACAAUCUAAGAAUGAAAGAUGUACUGUGUUACUGGAAAGCUUUAAUGAAAAAGUAUGCAAAAUUAUUGACAUUUCAGCCAAAGAGAAAUAAGUCUCUGAAGGAAAUAAAAUGAAUGUGUAUAUUCUUGCUGAUAUCUUUGCAAUUUUUGGAAUAUGUUCUCCAAAUAGGGGAAGCCCUGAGCAGCAGACAAGUACGUAGAAUAUGCAUUGCUUUUGGCACUUGUGUGUG